CGAUCUACAGUCGCGGCGCGGGGCUGCUUCCCCAUUCUAUCCCGUAGCCCCAGGGCAGUGUGGCUCAUUCUCCCGGACCUCAGUGUCUCCUCGGUCCCAACAGCCGAGGCCUGUGUGUCCCUCAAUAGGAGUGGCCGCGGACCUCAAUUUCCUCGGUCGACGUAGUGGGCUGAGCCACCCUUGUCCCCCAGCCCCAGGCCUCAAUCCUGUAGGCUAUGGCCUCGGGUGGAGUCAUUGGUUCUCCGAAACCGUAAGUCCCCGGCCUUAGUUUCCCCAAUGGUACCCUGAACUCUCGGCUACCAGCCCCCUCCCAUGGAAGGUGGCCUCAGGCCUCAGUUUUCCGAAUGGUCCCGGAGGAUUGAGCCGCCGCCUCUUUCUCCAGCGUGUGCAAGCCGGAGGCCUGACUUUCCCCGCUCGCUCCUGCUGACCCGCCCACCGGCGGCGGCCAAUGGCUGGGGCGCUUCCCGCUCGGGGCAGAGCCGCGUCACGUGCCGGGAAGAAAGCACCAGAGGCGCGCAGGGCGUGUGGCUGAGCGGCCAUGGCAGCCUGUUGCUGCCCGCAGCUCCAGAGCCGCUGUCCCCCGCGGGCGGCGCGGGCGAGGAGGCGCCGGACGAGGACGAGGCGGAGGCCGAGGACUCUGAGCGGCCGGGGGCAUCGGGUGGCGCGCGCAGCGGCGGCGGAGGCGGCGGCGGUGGCGGCGGGGCCGGGCCAGGGAGCUGCGGUGGCCCGGGGGGCGCGCUCACCAGGCGCGCGGUCACGCUGCGGGUGCUCCUCAAAGACGCGCUGCUGGAGCCCGGCGCCGGGGUGUUGUCCAUCUACUAUCUGCUCUUGGGCCCAGCCAGCCCACUGUCACUGCAGGGGAAGAAGUUCGUGGGAGACCUGCAGCCCGAUGGGAGGAUUGUGUGGCAGGAAACGGGCCAGGUGUUCAACUCACCCAGCGCCUGGGCCACCCAUUGCAAGAAGCUGGUGAACCCAGCCAAGAAGUCUGGCUGUGGCUGGGCCUCUGUCAAGUACAAGGGCCAGAAACUGGACAAGUACAAGGCUGCCUGGCUCCGGCGAAACCAGCUCCAUAUACCUGCAGCUGCCGCCGAUGAGUGGGCACCUGGGGCAACGACAGGAACCGAAGGCUCAGGCCAGCCAGAGGUUUCUGUGGAACUUGCCGGGAGGGUAGGGAGCAGCCAGCUGAAAGUCCCGUCGCUGUCCCCCCAACCCCGACCCCGCCAGAGCCCGGCCAGCGAAGGAGAGGAGGAGGAGCUAAUGAUGGAGGAAGAGGAGGAGGAGGUUCUGACAGGAGCCUCAGCGGAGGACAAGAGUCGGAGACCACCGGUGAAGGGCCCCUCGGAGCCUGUCCACCCUGAGGCCACGCCCCCAGGGAAAAGGGUGGAAAACAAGAUCCGGGUGCCUGUGCGCUACUGCAUGCUGGGUAGUCGAGACUCUGCCAGGAACCCGCACACCCUGGUGGAAGUAACAUCCUUCGCAGCUAUCAACAAGUUCCAGCCGUUCAACGUGGCCAUCUCUAGCAACGUGCUGUUCCUGCUGGACUUCCACAGCCACCUGACCCGCAGCCAGGUCGUGGGGUACCUGGGCGGCCGCUGGGACAUCAACAGUCAGAGUGGGUAUUUGGGGCCUGUGGGCAGGGGGGUGUUUGGGGCUGGGGUCGAUGUCCACGCCUUCUCCCGCCUCCGCGCAGUGCUCACGGUGCUGAGAGCCUUCCCCUGUCGGAGCCGGCUGGGGGACGCGGAUACCGCGGCCGCCAUGGAAGAGGAGAUUUACCAGAGCCUGCUCCUGCGGGGCCUGUCCCUGGUAGGCUGGUACCAUAGCCACCCGUACAGCCCGGCCCUGCCGUCGCUGCAGGACAUCGACGCACAGAUGGACUACCAGCUGCGGCUGCAGGGCUCCAGCAAUGGCUUCCAGCCCUGCCUCGCCCUGCUCUGCUCCCCUUACUACUCUGGUAACCCGGGCCCAGAGUCCAAGAUCUCGCCCUUCUGGGUGAUGCCGCCCCCUGAGCAAAGGCCCAGUGACUAUGGCAUCCCCAUGGACGUGGAAAUGGCCUACGUCCAGGAUGGCUUCCUGACUAAUGACGUCCUUCAUGAGAUGAUGCUGCUGGUGGAGUUCUACAAGGGCGCCCCUGACCUCGUCAGGUUCCAGGAGCCUUGGAACCAGGAGCACACCUACCUCGACAAGCUCAAGAUCUCCCUGGCCAGCAGGACACCCAAGGACCAGGGCCUGUGCCACGUGCUGGAGCAGGUUUACAGCGUCCUCAGGCAGGGGAGCUGAGAGCACCAGCCUCCAAGGACCAGGGAAGCCUUUGGUCAGAUGCGGCUCCCCGAGGCUCUGCGUGAGGGGAGUGGGCCCAGGGCCUUUGUGCUGCUUCGUUCCUGUGUGACUGAGGUGUGUGAAGGCAGGGGCUCAGAUAAUAAAGGAGAAACAGCCUAGGCAUGUGUC